AGUCAGAGGUGCAGCUCUGGGAAACAGAAGAGGAUGACAUGACAGAAGGUGACUUGGGGUAUGGCCUUGGCAGAAGACCUGGCGCCAUCUAUGAAGUUUCGGAACUGUCACAAUUAUUUACAUCUAGAAAAAGAUCAGAUGGAAAGAACUUUAGCCCUCCACCAUUUCCAAGAAAAGAGGAAGAAAGAAGUGGAGGUAUUUUUCAAUAUUCCAAGCAUAAGAACUUACAAGAGACAUGCUCUCAGGGGGCCAGAAUCCCCAGCUACAGAAGACAAAAUAGCACUGGAGGUAGGAAUUUUAAAAACUGAACUUGAGGCAUCUCAAAGACAACUUGAAAGUAAAGAGGAAGCACUGAAAAUUCUUCAAAGCAUGGCAAUAUUUGGGAAAGCCACAAGUCACACCCAGGCAGUGCUUCAAAAAACUAUGGAACAAAAGAGAUUCUUGGAGAAGGAAAUAAAUGCCUUACAGUGGGAAAUAGAAUUUGAUCAGAAUAGAUUUAAAAAUAUAGAGGAAUCUUGGACUCAAAAAUAUGACAGUUUCUUUGGAUUAGCCAAAAGUGUGACACUUAGUAAUGCUCUGGAUUUAAAGCUUGCAGUCCUUGGAGCCUGCCUUUGUCAUGGACCUGGAGGGAGUCCCUGCUCUUGUGCCAAAAUGGCAGCAUCCACUCGGAAACUGCUUCUUCAGCUCAAACAAGAGUUGGAACUUUUGCAGAAGAGUAAAGAAGAAGCUUACCUAAUGGCAGAUGCAUUCAGAAUUGCAUUUGAGCAACAAUUAAUGAGGAAAAAUGACCAGGCAUUAAGAUUGACACAAGUGGAUAAAAUGUGUAAAAAAGCAACAAAAUGGAUAAAUUGGAAGCACCUUAAAGAGGAUGGAUGUCCACCACAGAAAAGUAAGAAAACCUUAGGGCAGAAACUCUUGGGUAUACUCCCUUCAGAAAACACUUCCAAGGAGAUGGAAGACCAGGAUAAUCCUCAAGACGUCUUUAAGAUGUUAAUAGAUUUGUUGAAUGAUAAGGAAGAAGCUUUGGCCCAUCAGAGAAAAGUUAGUUACAUGCUUGCUCAGGCAUUGGAAGACAAAGACGCUGCCUCAAAAGAGAAUGAAGAAAAAAAUGCUAUGAAAGAGAAUUCUCCAUUCAAAAAUCCCUGGCAUAAAACGUCAGAAUUCUCUGUUUUACACGAUCCUUUAAAUUCAAGUGUACAAAUUUUUAAUUCAGCAGGUUACAUUUGUUCAAUCCCGCGCUCUCAAGCAGAUCCAAACUAUACAAGAACUCUUAAAAGAUCCCAUUCUUUGCCAUCAAGCAUCACAUUUUGAAGACAAGCCAGCUGAAAUUAGAACUGAGAAGUGUUUAUAUCAACAGAUCUGAAAAAGGAUUGUAUAAAUGUUGCUAUAUUUUGAGUUGUAUGUUUCCCAGGUAUUUCUAAAUUUUAGGAGGCAGCUUAAUCAAAUGCUUUCUAUAUUUUGUACAAGAAAUUAUUUAGCCUACCAUGUCAGCUACUCAGGAGGCUGAGGCAGGACAAUCACUUGAGCCCAGA